GUGGUAGAGUGCAUCAUCUGUCGGUAGCAUGUUGAAUUAAACGAAAUCGUCAACACGAACAAUCUUUAUUUCGUUUGACAGAUAAUUUCAAUCGUUGUAGACGUAAUAACGAUAUUGACCUUGUAACAAAAAACGUAUUUGAAAAAAAUAAGAAAUAUAAAUAUGGAUAACAAAUGUGAAAACGUAAAGACUAACGAAGAAAUCAUAGAGGAACUCACGAAAGAUCUGGAAAGUUCCUGUAUAAAAGAAGAUGAAAUUUCAAUGGCCAAAGAAAUUCAAUAUCAAUCGAGUGAAAGAAAUAAAAAUAAUUUUUCAGAGGAACCUUUGAAAGAUAUAAUUAAUAAUGAUGAUCCGGAUAAUAACGAAAAGAAUGACAAUGCAGAUUGUAAGAAGGCUGCUGGAGACUCGAUAGAUGAAAAAUUUCUUGAAGAAAGGGAUAAAAACCUCAGUGAAGCAGAGAAAGAAAGUUUUAAAGAUGAAGCUGAAAAACUUAAAAACGAAGGCAAUACUUUUUUUAAAGAUGGAGAAUAUAUGAAAGCUAUAUCUCUGUAUACGCAAGGUUUACAAACAUGUUCUUUAAUGUAUAGUAAAGAACGAGCUAUUUUGUAUUCUAAUAGAGCAGCAGCUAAAAUAAAAUGUUUGGCUGAGAAAGAAUCAGCUAUAUUGGAUUGUACAAAAGCAAUUGAAUUAAAUCCAAGCUAUGUAAAAGCUUACGUAAGGAGAGCACAAUUAUACGAAGAAACAGAGAAAUUAGAUGAAGCUUUAGAAGAUUAUAAAAAGAUUUUAACGUUUGAUUCUAGUCAUACCGAAGCUAAUUAUGCAGUUAGAAGGUUACCACCUUUAAUACAUGAAAAAAAUGAAAAACUGAAGGCAGAAAUGUUGGGUAAAUUAAAAGACCUUGGUAAUAUGGUAUUGAAACCAUUUGGUCUUUCCACAAAUAAUUUUGAAUUACAGAAAGAUCCAAAUAGCGGUGGAUAUUCUGUAAAAUUUCAUCAAGCUCCUAGAUAACAAGCGUAAAUAAAUGUUGUAAAACAAAAAUAUACGAUCUGGAAAAAAUCAAUGAACAGAGCCAGACAUAUUUAUAAUAAUUUAUGCGAAUUUCGCUAAGUUCUUCGUUCCUUAAAAAGAUGUAUACAUUGUGAACAUAAAUAGCUAAAAUAAACAUAAAAUCGUAAUAAGUGAAAUAAAACCGAAGAUUUCAAUUGCAAGAAAUAUAGUAAAAAUCGAAAAAAUAAUUCGUCAUAUUGAAUGAAGCUUUAACUAAACAGUAUGAAGUUAACCAAUUGAUCGUAUCGUUUUUAGAUGUUCCGUCAACCUCUUCGUUAAUUGUAAAUUCGUAACGCUUUCAGAACUUAUAUUAUAUUAUAACGCUUGUAAACCGAUGGAAGCGAUGUAAGUAAACUAAAAAUAUUUCUUUUAGCCGCUAUAAAUAUUAAUAAUAAACUUCCAACGAUGAUAACCAAAGAAUGGUUGCAAAAUAAAAUAUUAAUAUGAACGAUAA